AGCACUCUCCUCGCGCGCCUCGGCUCCACACGGAAACCGCGCGAGGAAGAGCGCCAGCGUCCCAGAAUGCACUGCGGCCCGUCAGAAUUGCCAGUCAUCUUCGGCGUGAAUUCAAGCGCUCCAGCCACUUCUUAUUUACACGCGUGAUUGUGGCGUUACGCGAUCGGCAUCUUGAGCGGCGACAUGAAAGAAGCGACGGCAAAGCGACGCGAGAAACCCCGCGCGGAGAAAGAGAAGAGCGGCGCGGACUCGCAGGAUGUGGAGAUGAAGGAGGAGGAACCGCGCGCGCCGCGAGAGCAGGACCAGCUGACGCUCGACGAUAUCAAGGAGCACGUGAAGCAGAUCGAGAAGGCCGUGCAGGGGAAGGAGCCGCGCUUCGUCCUCCGUGCCCUGCGAGCUUUGCCCUCCACCAGCCGCCGUCUCAAUCCCAAUGUGCUGCAGAAAGCCGUGUCCGGGUUCUUCACGUGCAACGCUGCCAGCAAAGAGUUCCUGCUCCGCUUCCUGGACGAGCCGGUGGAGAAGGAAGGAGACGUGGCGUUCAGGCCUCGCACGGGGAAAGCUGCGGCGACGCCGCUCAUCCCAGAGGUGGAGGCCUAUCUGCAGCUGCUGAUGGUGGUCUACCUCACCAACAAGACACGCUACGCCGAGGCCCAGAAAGUGUCUGAUGAUCUGCUCCAGAAGAUCGGCUCUCAGAACCGCCGGGCUCUGGACUUAGUGGCUGCCAAGUGUUAUUACUACCAUUCGCGCGUGUACGAGUUCCUGAACCAGCUGGAUGCGGUCCGCAGCUUCCUGCACACGCGCUUGAGGACGGCUACGCUACGCCAUGACGCUGACGGCCAGGCCACGCUGCUCAACCUGCUGCUGCGCAACUACCUGCAGUUCAAUCUGUAUGACCAGGCGGAGAAACUGGUGUCCAAGUCUGUGUUCCCCGAGCUGGCCAACAACAACGAGUGGGCGCGCUAUCUCUACUACACCGGGCGGAUCAAGGCCAUCCAGCUGGAGUAUUCAGAGGCGAGGAGGACUCUAACGAACGCGCUGCGUAAAGCGCCGCAGCACACGGCCGUGGGCUUCAAGCAGACGGUGCAUAAGCUGCUGAUCGUGGUGGAGCUGCUGCUGGGGGAGAUUCCUGACCGCCUGCAGUUCCGCCAGCCGUCUCUCAAGAGGUCCCUCAUGCCCUACUUCCUGCUCACUCAGGCGGUGAGAGCUGGAAAUCUGGCCAAGUUUAACCAGGCGCUGGAUCAGUUUGGAGAGAAGUUUCAGGCUGACGGCACCUACACGCUGAUCAUCCGUCUGAGACACAACGUCAUCAAGACCGGUGACCAAGUACUUUCCCAUUCUUAUAAUGUCUUAUCAUGGGCGAAAACGCUUGCAUGUUUGGACAGUCCUGAAGACGCAGAGUUCAUCGUGGCCAAGGCCAUCCGUGACGGUGUGAUUGAGGCCAGUAUAAACCACGAGAAAGGUUACGUCCAGUCGAAAGAGACCAUGGACAUUUACAGCACUCGCGAGCCUCAGCUGGCCUUCCACCAGCGCAUCUCCUUCUGUCUGGAUAUCCACAACAUGUCCGUCAAGGCCAUGAGAUUUCCACCAAAGGCGUACAACAAGGACCUGGAGUCUGCUGAGGAGAGACGAGAGCGGGAGCAGCAGGAUCUGGAGUUCGCCAAAGAGAUGGCAGAAGAUGAUGACGAUAGUUUCCCAUGAGUCUGCAGUCUCGCAGCCUUUCUUCUUUGAAUUUGACCUGUCUGUUCCUCCUUUAGCUUUGCUCUUAUUAUAAUCCAUGAACGUACUGUGUGAUACAACAUUAUAAAGAACAUCAGAAGUUCUCCAGUUGUGUUGUUUUUUCAUUAAUGCAUGCAUCAGUUUUAUACAUUCAUAGCAACGGUGCGGUUUGCUGCAUAUACAACACAAUAGCGUCUUGUUAGAAAGUUCUGAAUUGAAUUGAAAAGCGUUGUCUUGCUUUACCAAAUGGUCAAAAUUCAUAAUGCAACGUGAUAAUAG